UUCUCUUAUAUAUAUGGUUUCCAGUGGUGGAGGAAAUUUGAUUAAAUGUCAAAAUCAUGAGAAAUGAAUUGAAUGUCCACUAUUUAUUACCAAUUGUUUAGGUUAAAUGUAAAUAUCUACUUCUAAAUUAACUGAUUUUUCAUACAAGGCUUAACAAGAAAUAAAUUUUGUAUCUACAGCUAAAAUGUGUUACUUAGUGCCUUCUGGUUAAAAAAAACUUAAAAUUCUGAUCAUGAAUGGUGUAGAUUGUUUGGAACCUGAUACAGUUGAUCGGCGACCUAUUAUAACUUGUGCAGGCGAACUUGAGGUGUUUUCAGCUUUAGAAGACUCUCUGACACAGGCAUUACCACAAGAUUCUUGUGAACUGCGUAGAUCUCUAGGACGUCCUGUACGUCUAGUACAUAUUGGUGCACAUUUUAUACCCUUUAGUCCAGAUGCCUUGCCAAAAGAGAACCAGUGGGAUCUUAUUCGCCAGCCUCUCUUUCAUGUUUACUGGACAGAAUGCACUGAUGUUGAUGCAUACAAAACUAGUGUUAAGGAUGAUAUUGAGUCAUGGAUGAAAGAAAUAACCGGCAAAGAAAUCUCAGAUUGGCUAAUUGUUGUAGUGGAAAGUUAUGAUGGAAAAAGAACAAAUAAGUUAUUGCCUAGAACAACUGUGCUCGAUAGAAUACGUGCAGAUUUUGCAACUAAGCAAGGGGAUCGAUGUAUAUCUGUGAUAAAUCCAGGCCGAUUGGAAACUAGAUCUGCAGACUCGUGGAGGGGAUUAGUGGGCCGAGUUAGGCACCUGGUAUUAGUCGCAUACGCUCGUGCAGUUGUCAAACUUGAAGAUCACGUUCGUCAUCAAAGGGAGAAACGUAACGAGCCAGGAUGGGAUUUCAUGAAUUAUUUUUCUCUUCAGGAGGAACUUGCACAAGUAUUGGAGAUGUUGGGUUUGUACGAUGAGGCUUUAGUGCAGUAUGACGAAUUAGAUGUACUUUUUUCUCAAUUCAUCGUGAACGGUCAUAUCGGUGAAUUAGCAAAUUGGUUGCAUAAAUUUCAGAAACCGUUAGAAAGAUGGCAUGGGCUUAAACUGGGACCCAGUAAAUUAAAGAAAAAUCCUUCGUUUUUAGAAUUAAGGGCGUACUUGUUCGCCAAACAGGCGCAUAUGCUGCUACUAACAAACAAAGUUUGGGAAAUGGCCGCGCGUUGCCUUCCAUUUUUGCACGGGUGCAUAAAAGAAUUUACACUUUUGGACGUAAGUGCACCACCGGGUGCAGUCUCGUGUUGGCUCUUCUUGGCUUCCAUGGAGGUACUGCAGACCUGCGAUCACUUUAAUCAAGCCGAUCAGGUGGACGCAUAUUCCGCAAAUACAGCGGCACUUUGGGCUUACGCAAGCCAGAAGUUAAGGGACCUGGGCGAGCUGUGUGGGUUGUUGCCCGGAGAAAGCCCUACGUCGGCGCAAUUGCAUAUGGUGGUCGGCCUUUCAGCAGGAAUGGGAGAUUGUCCGGGACGAUCUGGGGAACUAUCUCCUACUGACAAACUUAAGAAAGCUCUCUCAUCUCAAGAUGCAUUUAAUAAAAAUUACUUGGAAUUAGCUGAAUUGGCAAUGGGUACCUACAAACACAUUGGUCAUCUUAGAUCCGCACGCCUUAUCGGACUCGAAGUCGCUUCAUUCUACAUGCUCCUGUCGGAAACUCUAAAAGCGGGCGCAUUUCUGGGAGAUGCGCUGCGUACGUUCGAAUUAGACGGUUGGCACGAAUUAGCCGCGCAGACGCAGGUCAAAUUGGCGGAAUGUUAUCGGAAGGCCGACGAUGUUAGAAAAUUUAUCGCAUCGUGUGCAGCAGUGAGUGCGGCGCCGGAAAUCGACAAUCUAAUUAGAUUGAGUUACUUUGACGAGAUGAGGAAGUGUUUAGAUAAUUUAGAUAAGUCUUUAGUAGUGCCUUUCGAAGAUAUUAUAAAAAUAAUGAAUAUUACUAUUAAGAAUAAUAACGGUUUGGUGAUGCACGAUGGUAUUAUGGAAGUUCAGUUGGUCGUCGAUUGCAACUUUCCGCGAGAAGUUUUAUGUACAAAUAUAGUUAUGACAUUAGAUCCGGAGAACAAAGAGCAUAAGAAGGCGAAGGAUAAGAGUGCGAACGAUCGGACAUUUACCCUUAAAAAUGUAAAAAAUGACAGUGAUUCUAUUUUUCAAGUCUUGCACAUGCAAAGGCAUUUGGAUUAUAAGCAAGAUAAGCAGUUAUCGAGCGCUAAUGUUGUAUGCAAAAAUGUUCCGUUUAAACGAAAAAAUAGUAGUAUAUCGCCUCGACCGUGCAAUUUCGACAGUUGCUUGGAGGUAACUAAACUUCCCAUAGUUUUAACUCCCGGUAUUAAUGUUAUAAGACUGACAAAGAAGGGUACAGAUAUUGGGAAGUUUUACUUAGCUCAUGUGGCCAUUAAUAUUGGAAAGUUAUCUCUCAUUUCGAAUCCCUUAAACCAGAAAUUGUUAAUUGAGGUAAUCAAGGAGGAGCCAAGUUUGCGACUCGAUAAAGAAGAAAGGGCUUUGCUUUACGGUUUAGAGCAAACCAUGCAGUUACAUAUGAAAGUCGGUAGCUAUGCUAUAGCUAGGGAUUCAUUUAUUAAAAUUACUGCGUCGCGAGGCGUGACAAUACAGUAUAUUCCCAACGAACAGUUAACUAGUAGUUUAGAAGUUCCUAUACUAAAUAUAGAACCGUUUACAACGUCAAUGACGCCUUUACGCGUUUUCGCAGAGCAUUCGUCUAAAGACCAUCAAAUCACUCUGGUUUGCCCGUGGAGUAACAAACCCAUUCCUGUAACGUUGAGUUUUAGUCCUUUACUUGCCAUUUCAUGGAGAUUACAUACUGUACAGAAUAGAAAAUUUAUACAUAUUACUUUGACAGGACAAUCCGACAUCAGGUUACAGCUUUCAACAACUCAGCUGGAUUUUCGAGAUGGCAUAAAAACUCUACGGUUCGAUGUUAGUGACCCUACCGAUGAGAUUUUGGAAAAUGGUUUAAGUAUUUCUUACGUUUGGGAAAUACUGAUUACUCCGAGCAUCGAAUCACCUCCACUGAAAGCCCAAUUUUCAACCUACUAUACUGCUCUUAUAUCGGAACAUGUGUCUUCUACUCUUGACACAACAACACGAAAAUUUACUUACAAUUUGGACAUUGCAAAUUAUCAGACGCUCUAUGUAGUAGAAAUUGACGUUCAGCCGACUAAGGGUAACGAAUUUUGUCGUGUUGGUGCUUUAUGUAACUUAAAUUUGUGCAUAAAACCUGCUAGUCACACGUUAGAUGCUGUAGAAAUAGAAACUUCCUUAAUGUACGAGGUGCUAGCGGAACCUACAGUGUGGGCAGUGUGCGGACGUACAGCCGGUGUAGUCUCCUUUGAAACCGACAUGGAACCUCAAAUUAUAGUAUUAGAAGUCAUGCCUUUAAAUAACGGGUUCUUGCCACUACCUCUUGUGAGGUUAUCAAAGUACAUCCCUGCUGAUGCCUCAACUCCAGAUAAGUCACGAAAAGGAGGUGAAAGUCAUCCCCGUCUGGAACCGUUCAGUCCAGGUCAAGUGUACAACGCUAGCAAAGGACAUCAGGUACACGUUAUUGCUGGAACAGUUGCCGAGACAACUGCUACAUAACGAUAGGAAGUGAAUAUAAUGUACAAUUAUUUUAUCUAAAUGUAUGUAGAGAUGUAUAUAAUCGUAUAUAGUUAGUACAGAGCAUAUUUCAUUAUCAAUUUUGUGCCAAUUUUUUUCUUAUGUUUUUAUUAUUGCGAAGAAAAUUAGAGUUAUUGUGUAGGUAUAUAUUGAUAAUCUGUGGUGCAAAAGUUAGGUAUAUUUUAAAAUAUGGCGAAGACAAAAUACUCAUUUAUCAUCUUUGUUUUGUUAAUUUAUAAACAUAAUCGCAAAACACUAAAACUUAAAUUAGGAUUUUAAUGUAUCUGUGAUACUACACUCUACAAUCUUCUCUAUUGUUUGAAUAAAAAUUAUAUAUUCAACCAAUAGGAACGCGUGUAUGUGGUUGGGUAACCGAUACAUGUAAAUCUGACUUAAGUAGUUUUUUUUGUAUUAUCUGUUACAAAGAUAUGUUGAUGCUUAUUUAAAAUGGUUAUUGAAUAAAGUUUUGUAUAUAAA